AGCUACUGUAGAGCCGCAGCCCGGAAACAAGAGAGCAGCCUGGUGUAGCAGCGGAGCUAGCCACCUCCAUGUGUGCGCUGUCACAAGGUUGAAGCGUCUGCGGAACCGACCUCAGAGUGCGCCUUUGUCUCCUACAUACAGCUGAAUGGCGGGCACCGACGCGGACAUGGCGACAUCCAGCCCCUGUGUUGUGAUCAGUGAUGAUGAGCAGGGGUAUGACCUGGACCUCUUCUGCAUACCAAAGCACUAUGCCACUGACCUGGAUAGGGUCUACAUCCCACAUGGACUCAUCUUGGACAGGACAGAGAGACUGGCCAGAGAGAUAAUGAAGGAAAUGGGGGGGCACCACAUCGUGGCCCUGUGUGUUCUCAAAGGAGGCUACAAGUUCUUUGCAGACCUUCUAGAUUACAUCAAGGCCCUGAACAGGAACAGUGACCGCUCUAUCCCAAUGACCGUGGACUUCAUCCGCCUCAAGAGCUACUGUAACGACCAGUCAACAGGAGAAAUCAAAGUGAUCGGUGGAGAUGACCUGUCUACAUUGACAGGAAAGAACGUCUUGAUCGUGGAGGAUAUUAUUGACACAGGGAAGACAAUGAAGACGUUAUUGCAGCUCCUCAAACAGUUCAAUCCCAAAAUGGUUAAAGUAGCAAGUCUGUUGGUGAAGAGAACACCAAGAAGCGUUGGCUACCGACCCGACUUUGUAGGAUUCGAGGUGCCUGACAAAUUUGUGGUGGGAUAUGCGCUAGACUACAACGAGUACUUUAGGGAUCUAAAUCAUAUCUGCGUCAUUAGUGAAUCAGGAAAGGAGAAAUACAAGGCAUGAUGAGCACCUCGUAAUGGUAUCUAAUGUAUGGUUAUAUCUUCCCCUUUUGCUGUCCAUUUUAUAUUUUAUCGCUUCAUAUUUGUGUCGUAAAAAUACCUGGCCUUCUCAGGGUCUCUGAGGACACACCGCUGGAGUGAUGACUCUGUUUAGCAAACACACACACACACACACACACACACACACACACACACACACACACACACACACACACACACACACACACACACACUAGAUUCAACCUUUGAGAAAAUUGAUUGACUUAGAUAGAACCACGUCUUGGUGAAACAGCAUGGAGCUGAGCUUCACCUGAAAUUCGUAUAAUGUGUCUCUGCCGCCACACUGAUUCAUUCUUUCUUUUCUUUAAACGAUGAUGUCAUUUAUUCAAAGCAACUCUGCUAGCUUUAAGGACAAUAUCACAGUUGUUGUGCCACAUUGAUUUGACAACCUCUUAUGAAAUGAAAUAUUUUAUUGUAAUUCUACUUUUACCUUGAACUAUCAAUAGCUGUUUAAUUGUCACUCUUAAAGAUGAUGUUACAUUUUCUUGACAUCUGUAUGUGUAUUUUGGGAUAAAACACAUUUCUGUGCUCCUGUGGUGUGUCGUAAGAUUUUCUUAAGAUAGAUUGUGUUGAAAAGCAAAGCAAAGCAAAUGUUGGCUGCUGUUCCUCAUUAAACACAUAGAUAAUAAGAUGAAGAUGAAAUAUACUCUUAUUUAUGAGUAUUUAUGAGUAUUUGUCUUUUAUGUUGAACAAAGAAAUUGGAUGCAUGAAUACUUUGUUUACACAUAAAUGUUGCUUAUGCUGGAAAAUAUGUAUAGUGUCCAGAUAUGUACAUUUUCUAUUGAUACUUAAACUAAAGUUGAAAUACAAAUCACAUUUGAAAUGCUUAAUCUGUAUUUAACUGUCAUUGAAUCAGAAACCAUUUAAAUAGCUGUUUUUGUCUUUCCAUUUCUACUCUAUAAAACGCCCUCAUCUGAUGAUGCCAUCACUGUAAACCAGUGUUGACUGAAUUUUGCAAUACCAGCCAUUAAAUGUUCACAUGCUUCCUCUGA